AUGUCGAAAAUCACAGUCGCCGGAGUGCGCCAGAACGUGCAACAAUUACUCGACUAUUCUUUGAACGAGAAGAAGCGAAAUUUCCUCGAAACCGUUGAACUUCAAAUCGGCUUGAAGAACUAUGACCCUCAGCGUGACAAGCGUUUCUCUGGUACCAUCAAGCUACCCACUGUCCCCCGACCGGGCAUGACAAUCUGUGUUCUGGGUGACCAACACGACAUUGACCGAGCGAAACACCACGGCGUUGACGCCAUGUCGUCCGACGACUUGAAGAAGCUGAACAAGAACAAGAAACUGAUCAAGAAACUGGCGCGCAAGUACGACGCUUUCGUCGCCUCCGACAGCUUAAUCAAGCAGAUCCCCCGUCUUUUGGGCCCUGGAUUGUCCAAGGCCGGCAAAUUCCCCACCCCGAUCUCCCACGCCGAAGAUCUCGCAAGCAAGAUCACCGAGGUCAAGUCGACCAUCAAGUUCCAGCUCAAGAAGGUUUUAUGUAUGGGUGUGGCUGUUGGAAACGUUGAAAUGACUGAGGACGAGCUUAUCUCUAACAUUAUGUUGGCUAUCAACUACUUGGUCAGUUUGUUGAAGAAGGGUUGGCAGAAUGUGGGAAGCUUGACUAUCAAGGCUAGCAUGAGCCCGCCCAAGAGAUUGUAUUAA